AUGUGGCGCCGGCCGUUGCGCGCGAGGGCCCCGCGCCCGUGCCCCGACCCGCGCCGCUCCCGCACCCAGACGCCGGGGCGCCGCUGCUGGAGCUGUGGGGCUCCGCUGGCGGCGGCGGGGCCCGACUUCUGCCCGUCGUGCCGCGCCCUGCAGCCCCCGGAGCCCCGCGCGGACUUCUUCGGGCUGCUGGGCUGCCCGCGCGGGUUCGCCGUGGACGUGGCCCGGCUCCGGCAGCGCUUCCUGGCCCUGCAGCGCUCGCUGCACCCGGACCGCUUCAGUCGCCGACCGCAGGCCGAGCGCGGCUUCUCGGAGCAGCACGCCGCCCUGAUCAACCACGCCUACCGCACCCUCCGCAGCCCGCUCAGCCGCGGGCUCUACCUGCUGGAGCUGAGCGGGGUCGAGCUGGCGGCGGGCAGCGACGCGGAGGCCGAGCCCGGCUUCCUCGCCGAGGUCUUGGAGCUGAACGAGCAGCUGGCGGCCGCGCACUCCGGAGCAAGCCUGGCCGCGGUGGAGGGUCUCCUGGCAGCAAAGCAAGAGGCGCUGGUCCAGGAGGUGAGCCGCGCCUUCGAGCAAGAUGACCUUCAUGAAGCCAGAAGACUCCUGGGCAAAAUGAAAUACUUUGCGAACCUGGAAGAGAAGUUGAAGGAGAAGAAAGCCCCUUCUUGAUCCCUCACUGUGUUUAGUUGGGCGAUCCUUGCCUGCAGACCCACCCAGUGCUCGCCUAUUGCCUUGUCCCUCCCUUGAUGCGGAGCCCCCGUGCAACGGAGGAAAGAAGCCCCUGCCCUUGUGUGGGCCAGGAACUAGCCACCCAGCAACCGGCUGCUCUGCUGCAAGAGGGAGGGAGAUGGUCUGCAUCCCCCCAGGCCAGAUGGGAACAUUGUCGUCUCUCUGGCCGAGCUUGUGGGCUGGAAGCCGAAGGCACCUAUGAUGGAGCAAAUCAAAAUAAAAGUGGAGC